AUGGAGGCAACCAUUCGCAAGUGGCUCCGUCAGCAGCUUCUAGAUGCCGAAGAGGCGUCGCGAAGCUGGCGAUUGCGAGCUAUCCAGGUGGAGGCAGAACUUCGAGCUUUGCAGGCAGAUUCGCCAGCGACCGCCGAUGGGGAGGCAGACGCCCGGGAGGGUCAGGAAGACAUGCAGGUGGUGCUUAGCCAGGUCCUUGGGUUGGAGAAGCAGCGGGAUGCCAUGGAUCCCUGGAGAGCGAAGUUGCUGGAGGAUGUUGCAGCAGCCAAGACGGAGGCGGAGGAUCUCCAGCGCAGUCUCGAGGAACUCCGCGCGCGGCUCCCGCGCGCCGAGCGUGAGGCGGCGCGGGCCGGCCGAGAAGCAAAGACUCUGGAAGAGGAGCGUGCCCAAGCCAAAGCUGCUCAUGAGGCACGCUGCGCAAAGGCGGCCCAAGAGAUCCACCAGUUGCUCGAAGACGCAGGCGUUCGACCUGCCAGCGGGCUUUUGGGUCUCACGCAAGGGGAGGCAGCCUUGGCUGUGUUCGACAACUCGGUGGAGCAGCUUGACGGAGAUGUCAAGGAGUCCAACGAGAAGAGGGAGGAACUGCAGAUGCGCCUGGAGGAGCUUCGGACUAGCCACGUCAACAACAUCGAGCAAGCUAAACGGUGUGCUCGAGAAGUGAGUGGUGCCCGUCAAGCCCUGCAAGUUCGGCAGUCGACGAUCACGAAGCUGCAGGGAGAGGUGUCACGCGCCAAGGCGCGGGCAGACCGGAAGCGAAAGCAGCUAGAGGCCCAUCUCGGACAGUCGCAGCUGGAGCUCCGGGAUGCGCAGUCGCGCGCCGAAGUUGCGCAGGAGCAGCUUCGCAAGGUCAAGGCGCAGCACUCCCGCCAGCUCCGUGUGGUCAAAAACCAAACGACCAGUUUGACAGAGGAGUGGGAUGCCCACAUCCGUGAAACUGAGGCAGCCAAGAGGGAGAUGGACGAGCUGCUACAGCAAGAGCUCGACCUGCGCAGUAGCGAACAGCGCUUCCUGCAGCAGGAGGAGGAUGUCCGCAUCCAGGCUCAGGAAGCCCGGGAAUGUCUCCAGGCGCUGGAGUACCAGACGGAGAAGCUCCAGGAUGACCGGGAAGCACUGCUGCUUGCGCAACGGCCCCUGGAGGAAGAGCAUGACCUGAUCCAAGAGCAGGUAAAGGCCAUUCGAGGUUUGUCGGAAGCGGACGCAAAGAAGUCGGAGGCGAUGAGAUCCGAGGCGUCCGUCUACCGGGAAGAGAUCGCCGCGCACCGCCUGGAGUUUGCCGCACAGGAGGAGGAGCUGGAGACCUUAGCGUCUCUGGAGAAGCAG